CAAUUCCGCGACGCAUCUCCCCUAAUUUUUCUUUGAGAUUCUGGAGACUUCGAUCUGGUCAGAUCUGUGCAAAAAACAUUGGUUAAUCUCGCCAGUAUAUUUUUCUAACAAAAUCUCCAGCCUAACAACUGCCAUGCAGUGCACAGUGCGAUGCGUUGGGUGAAGAACGCAGUGUUAUUCUGCGUGGUGAUCUUCAUCCACUCAUUGGUCUUCUUCCUCGUCGUAGCCUACUCCUGUUUGGAGAUCCUCUACACCCUGUACCGCCGCCUGUCCGCCGACCCCUGCCCCACACCCCCCUCCCCCCAAAUGGACCACCCGGUCUUCUGCCGCGGCCCGCUCCUCCACGCCGUGGAGAUGUCGGGAAUCUUCACCGAUUCCAAGUCCUUCGUCGAUCGGCCGCUUCUCGUCGAUCCUCACAUCGCUCUGGAGAAAUUCGCGGCCCUGGGCACCUGGCCGGAGAUCAACCAGGUGGAUCUGCGCAACUUCGUCGAGGAGUGCUUCGGACCGCCCGGGUCGGAUCUGGAGACAGUGAUCCCGGGGGAUUUUCGGGAGGUAGCCGCGGGGGGCCUCCCGGUGUACCACAAAAUCACCGAUGAACGGUUGCGGACGUUCGCGGAGAAGCUGCACCACAAGUGGGGGGAGUUGGGGCGGAAGGUGAGCGCGGAGGUGGCGAAGCAUCCCGACCGGCACACCAUCAUCCCCCUGCCCUAUCCCUUUAUCGUUCCCGGGGGGAGGUUUCGGGAGGUGUACUACUGGGACUCCUUCUGGACGAUCCAGGGUUUAUUGGUGUCGGGGAUGGCAGAAACCGCCCGCGGGAUGCUGCUGAACUUUGCGCAUCUGCAGCAGCGCUUCGGGUUAAUCCCCAACGGGAACCGCAUCUACUACACGAAGCGCAGCGAGCCGCCGCUCUUCGCGCUGAUGGUGCAGCACUACUGCGACCACGAGGCGGUUAAAAGCGAAGAUGUCGCCUCCCUCAUCCCGCUGGUGCUCCCGGCGCUGCUGCAGGAGUACGAGUUCUGGAUGCGCGAACGCAGCGUCGAGCUCAGCGUCGCCGGCGGCACCUUCACCAUGAACCGCUACACGGGCGGCGACUGCAAGGUGCCGCGGCCCGAAUCCUACUGGGAGGAUUUCCACGAUGGGGAGACGCUGCAGAAGAUGCAGCUGCAAAGUGCGGAGAGUUUCUACGGGAAUAUCGCCGCGGCGGCGGAGAGCGGGCUGGAUUUCUCGACGCGCUGGCUGGAGAACGCCGGCGAGGAUUUUCUGACGAUGCGCACAGAGACCAUCAUCCCGGUGGAUCUGAACGCCUUCCUCUACGCCCAUGAACGCGUCCUCAGCGAAUUAUACAUGCGGCUGGGCGACAGUGAGAACAGCGAGAAAUACAUGCGGAUCGCGUUGCGCCGCGGCGACGGGAUCCACGCGGUGUUCUGGAGCGACGAGCAUCAAAUGUGGCGCGAUUACGAUCUGAAAUUGGGCCGGCAACGGGAGGCCUUCUACCUGUCGAAUCUGGUGCCGUUGUUCGCGCGCUGCGACGGCGAAACCAUCAGCAUCACCAACGCGGCGUUUAUGCAGAAUGUCCUGCAGUCGGCCGACAUGGUGAAAGUGACGUCAUUUCCGGGCGGGCAUCCCGUCUCGCUGAACGAAUCAUCCGGUCGGCACUGCCAGUGGGAUUUCCCCAACGCCUGGCCGCCGCUGCAGCUCAUGAUGAUCGAAGCGUUCAACGAGAAUCCCGAGCUGGAGCAGGUGGCGUUGGAAUGGGCGCAAAAGUGGAUCUCCGUGGUGCAUAUCGGCUAUUUGAACAGCAGCCACAUCUACGAAAAGUAUGACGCGCGGACGGUGGGACGGUACGGGAGCGGCGGGGAGUACCUGGUCCAGGAGGGUUUCGGCUGGACCAACGGCGGCAUCCUCCGCCUCCUCGAGCUCUUCCCCACGAAACUGCAGGCGCCCCACGAUCUACUCGACCCCGACACGCCGUCCAACACGACGACAUCUUAAGACAGAUCAAUUUUUUCUCGAUCAAACAGCUCUCUAUUUUCCCCUAGAUUUUAUUUAAUUUAUUUAUUUUCCCCUGUUAAUCUCGCAUAGAAUGUACUCGCUCGGCUUUGAAGUAUUGCUUUUCGUGUGAUUUUAAAGCUUUCCAAACCUGUUAAUUUAUCGCUGACACGUUGGAGAAUUUGUCCGAUAUGAUCAAUGGCCGAAAUUUAAUUUUUUUGUCAUUUUGCUUUCGUUAUGGGUGUUUUCUUAGGGAUGAACUGUGGAGUUUGCGUUGCGUGAGAUUUAUUAAACAAUCUAUUACAAA